UUAAUUCAGUGCAGUUCGGAUGUAUUUAGGAAACAGCGUGGUGUUUGAAAUCCGAUCAAACGCGAUUUAACCGCUUUGUUGAUCUCCAGCUACGUUCUUAAGAAUGAUUCCCUCGAAAUCGAAGAAAAGCGAGUCCAGGCGUUCGUCGAUUCUUAAGCCAUGUAAGCCGCGACAACCACUGCAAAACGUCAACUUUGAUUCUUCAUUCAAGGAAAACAGUCCAACAGCAUCAAAACUCAAGAGAGUUAGUUUUGCUGAGAAAAAAAGUGUUAAAGUUUUUAGAGAGUCUUGUCACUCUACCGAACAAGGAACUGUAUGGGAUAAUACAUAUGAAGAACAUGAUUGUAGCUCCAAAGGAUCUUCUCUAACAGAUUCAAACGCAGAAACUGAAUUACGGAGGAAUACAACAGGAUGCACUGUUGAAAGUGAAACGUAUUGUAAACGUAUUAGCUUUGAGAGUCACUCAGAAGACUCCAACUUAACCAGAAGCAAUCAGCCCCAUGAGUCUGUCGCAGGACUCGACGCAGAAGAUGAUGGAUGUGAUUUGGACUUUACUAAUCCAGUUGACUGUACAGAAGGCUCUGGUGGAGAAUCUCAACUUGGAAACACAUUGCCACGUCAGAAUGCAUCUCGUACAUCCACAACGUCAAAUAGUGCAUCAUCAGAAAAUGUAUAUAAUGACAUGGAUGAACAGUGUGUACUACUGUCCGAUCAACACAGGCAGAGCAUUAAGGUAACGUUGAAAGAUAUUACUAUACACAGGGAUUCCGAUGAGGAGAACGGCGCAAGUGGUGCUGGCGACAAAUGCCUCGAGUCGUGCAACAACAAAUCGGAAUCCGAUGAAACUCUGUGCGCUCAGGAUUUGUCUAUGGAGCUUACUGCUGUGAUACCCACGUGUUUGCUAUCUUCGCGUUCGUGUACAGAAGAGGGAAAAAGUAUGCAGAAUAACGAUGAAAUUGUAUCUCAAAAUGAUAUGAACACGAGUCACGCUUAUGCCGAUUGCAAUAAUGUGUCGAUGGAAAUUACGCAAGUCGUACCGACGCUUGUGAAGUCUGUUGAUUCUGUUGUAAAGCCUGGUGGAAGCUCAGCAAUACAGAACUGUGAAGAUGCAAAGUGCCGCAACACAAAUGAUAUUCAUGGUAGCACGACGUUUCCAUCAAACUUACAGUCCAGUAUUGCUGCAGAAAAUAUUGUCUCUGAACAGAGUAAGGAUGGAGGUCAUGCUAAAGACACGAUGGAAUUAACGACUGUGCAAUCAUUUAGUGUAAACACAGAUGUGUGUCGUAUAAAUAACACGGUUUGCAAUACUUCAAUGGAAAUGACUGCUGCUAUACCGUCUAGAACGCGUAGCAGAAGUAUUCCUUCACAUUCCUCCAAUAAAAAUGUAAUUGGAAAGUCUGAUUUGAGAAAGGAUCAAACUGAUAAUACUGAAUUUUCUAAUAAUGUAUUAACAGUAAUGACAAAGCCUGCAAUAAAUAUCAUACCACCGACACCUUCAAGCAUUUAUAGUAAAGAGACUCCAAGUGCAGAUGGCUUGAGAGAUGAUGAUAAAACUAUAUUCUUUCAUAAUGUAUCCGUGGAUAUAACUAAGACAGUAUCGUUGAAAAAUAGACAAGAAAAUACUGAUAUGAUCAUAUCUAAGUCAUCAUCCAAGGAGACUUCACACAAAGGCAAAGACACAAAUGAUACAACUUGUUUUAAUGAAAGAACUAAAUUGUUACACAAAUCCAUGGAACUUACCGAAGCUGUUCCGGUUUCUUCAUAUCGAGAAAGAACGCGUAAUAUCGCUCAUUCGCAAUCUAUACAAGAAAAUACACACGAAAAGAAUAAAAUUGAUGGAACUGAAUAUUUUAAUAAUUUACCGAUGGAAAUGACAAGAAUUUGUGAUAAAGAAAAUCUAAGAAAAAACGACUCAACAGUUGGAGAUAAUAGAACUAUGGUCUUCCACAAUGUAUCCAUGGAUAUGACUAAGACAGUAUCGUCGAAAAAUAGACAAGAAAAUACUGAUAUGAUCAUAUCUAAGUCAUCAUCCAAGGAGACUUCACACAAAGGCAAAGACACAAAUGAUACAACUUGUUUUAAUGAAAGAACUAAAUUGUUACACAGAUCCAUGGAACUUACCGAAGCUGUUCCGGUUUCUUCAUAUCGAGAAAGAACGCGUAAUAUCGCUCAUUCGCAAUCUAUACAAGAAAAUACACACGAAAAGAAUAAAAUUGAUGGAACUGAAUAUUUUAAUAAUUUACCGAUGGAAAUGACAAGAAUUUGUGAUAAAGAAAAUCUAAGAAAAAACGACCCAACAGUUGGAGAUAAUAGGACUAUGGUCUUCCACAAUGUAUCCAUGGAUAUGACUAAGACAGUAUCGUCGAAAAAUAAACAAGAAAUUACUGAUACGAUUGCAUGUAAAUCAUCUCAGAAGAAUUCACACAGAGAAAAAGAUAUGAAUGAUUCAACCCGUUUUAAUGAAAAAACUAAUUUAUUACAGAGAUCUAUGGAGUUUACCGAGGCUGUUCCCGUUUCUUCAUAUCAAAGAACAUUUAGUAUCAUUCAUUCCACACAGUCCACAGAGAGACAUGCACCUGAGAAGAACGAAACUGCUGGAACCGAGCUUUGUAAUUUGCCGAUGGAAAUGACAAACAUUUGUAACAAAGAAAAUUUAAGAAUGGAUGAGUCAACAUUUAGAGAUAAUAGAUCUAUGCUCCACGACGUAUCCAUGGAAAUGACCAAGGCAGUGUCAUCGGCAAAUGGAAGAGAAAUUACCAAUCCGGUCGCUUGCACGUUAAUAUCUAGAAAAGAUUCACAUAGGGCGAAAGAUACGAAUGAUUCGACAGGUUUAAGCGAAAGCAAUAAAUUGUUACACAAAUCUAUGGAAUUUACUGAAGCUAUUACGACUCUUCCGUGUCACGAUAAAACAUUAAGCACUAUAGCACAGUCUUCGUCUCAAACGAUGUCAAAAACGUAUUUUCCUGCAGAAAGUUCUACGGAAUUGGUACUGCAAAAUGAUGCAGAUACAAACAAAACGGUUCAAAAUAUAUCAAUGGAAAUUACUGCUGCAGUUCCAUCGACCUCGCAUCUUACGCAAGACGUAGCAGCAAAUCAAAUAAAUAAUUUACUCAUUUUUGAAAGUAGUGAAUUCCAGAAUGCAACAACAAAUAACGCAGCAGAAUCGAGGAAGAGCUUAACAGAAGGAAAUUUCAAAGUUCUAAAAGAAAUUCGUGUUGAAACGGCAGAUGCGUGCAAUAAAUUAUCUAAUAAUGCUGCCGUUGCUUCAUCUUCAAGUAAUCUAGAUCAUUCGGCAAAUACUACCGCAAAAAUUGUCGCUGGCGUAAAAAGAGUAUCGGAAAGUGAAAAAUCGAGUCCAAAGAAGAUUCGCAUUUCUUAUGCAGAAUCCCAAUCUUCUCGAGAAAAUAACGUGCAUUCAUCGCACGAGUCCAAUGAUAGUGUAAGAAAUAUUGGAUGUGGUGAACAUCUUACAGAGAAUACAAUUAAUCUCGCACAGAUAUCCGAAUCAAAUCUCAGGGAUGGUUCAAAUAAAAUUAGCGAGCGUAGUUUUAUAAGAAAGAGUUUGUACCUGGAAAAUUGCACGGAGUCAAUUAAAUUGUUACACAAAUCUAUGGAAUUUACUGACGCUAUUAAGACUCUUCCGUGUCACGAUAAAACAUUAAGCACUACAGCACAGUCUUCGUCUCAAACAAUAUUAAAAACGUAUUUUCGUGCAGAAAGUUCUAUGGAAUUGAUAUUCCAAAAUGAUGCAGAUACAAACAAAAAUAUAUCAAUGGAAAUUCCGCCGUCGUUUGACUUUGACAGCGAGAAAGAAAACUCUUUUCUAGGUAUUUGCGAAGAUCAGCUUGGAACCUCAACGAUCGUCAAUCCUCUACUAAACAAACCUGAGGACAAUAGUUCCGAUCGACUAACAAAUAUUACAGAAUCCGAAUGUUCAGCAGAAUCGAGGAAAGAGCAAGAUCAAGAUGAACAUUUUACGAUUUCAAAGGAAAAGGAAGAGUCAAUAAAUACAAUAAAUAUCGAGAACGAUCAGACAGAAUGCUGCUCCAAAAAUAUCCUGACGCAUCAGCAAGAUGGAUAUAAAGAGGAUCAGGAAACUGAUUGGCAAACGAUCACAAGGGUCGCUACGACAAUUAUCGAUAACAGCCGAAAUGAUGAAUCAAGUUGCUGCGCGAUAGAGGAGCAUAACAGAAAAAGCGUACUAUCAACAGUUAAUCCUGGAGGAAGCGUUCCAGAAACAGAGGAUCAAAUAACUGAAAAAGAAUGUAUCGAGGAAGAGACAAAUGAUGAUGCAAAGCUAAAGAGGAAUAAUAUCGAGAACAAAGAGCGAUGUUCAGAUGGAGAAGUAAGCUUGAGGACGGGACAGUGCGUUGAUCAUCUCAAUAUUUCUACCAUCAAAAGAAAAACAAUAACUGAAGAUCCUUUAGAUCCCGAGGAACAUUGUAGAGAGAAUUUAAAUGAUGGAGUAAAAGUACAAACAAUGGAAUGGAAGGAAGAAAAAUCUGCAGACGGAGGACUUGAAACGGAACAGUGCAUUAGCACGAUUGAAGACGAUCGAGAUCCGUUCUUAUCAUUAUCUCAAAAAUUGGAAACACACGCCGAAAGCGAUGAUUGCAUCUGGAACGUUCAUCACAAGAAUGCCGACAGAAAAAUAAUCGUACUUGGAUUCAUGGCAAAUUCGUUGUUAGUAGCAACGUUCUUAUCAGACGAUAAUCUUAAUUGCUCCGGAGAAGGUUCGCUGAAAGAAAUUAAAGCAGUCUCUCUCGUUGCGGCAGAUAGCUCAGACGUGUUUGUAAAACUAGUGCAUAAAUUGAUUCUGGAGAAAGUAAACACGCAAAUACUCACGCAUCGGUAUAGAUCUCAGGAGGACGUUUUUCCAAUGCUAGAUUUCGUUACGCAAGAGGUGAAACUGGCGAUGGACUUCAUGUUCGAUCUGAAACGUUUGGAAGUUUACCACUUGAUGGAGAUUACUUGCGAUGAAAUUGAAUUUGCGGUUCGAAGUAAACAAAUGGACAUAAUACUGAAAGUCGCGGUCAAAGUUAAGCGUUUUGAUAAACUCACUUCAAGUGAUGUCAGUGUUCGUUGUUUAUUGGGUAGUACGCUAAUAAACGAAUCAGAGGUUAAAUACUUGAUUAAAAAUGUAAAAAAGGAUUGCAAGUUCUUAAAAAGAUAUAUGAACGACAUUAAAGAUUAUAUCGAUAUAAUGGAAGAGAUCUCCAAAUAAUUCAACAACCGAGGAAGAACCUUCAAUUUGUCCUUUGUCAAUGUAACGUUCACCUUUUACAACGUGUUAAAGUUGGAGUACAAAUAUAUUUUUUAAUCAUUACAUAAUCA